UCCAGCUCGCCCUUGACAAGGGCAGGUAGGCCUAGUCAGAGGACCUGAUGAAAGAAACUGAUAUAGCAGCCUAUAUAAGUCUAUGGAUAGCAGCAGUCUUCGAUAGUACUGCAAAAAUAUAUAUACGACAUUAAACAUUUAUAGUGCCGUAGUGGACCAGUUAAAUUGGAUUUACGUCGUUUGGAAUCAGAAUCAUGAUUCCUCAGUCGAGCAGAGAAUUUGUCUUCAAGAUUGCUGGUUAUUGGAAGCCGCUUUUCAAAGGCAGGUUUCUAAUUGUAACCAAUACUGUGAGCUGUGGGUGUAUGCUUGCCGGUGGCGACAUCAUUCAACAAACCAGAGAGAAACGGAGGGUCCCCGAGAAGGCACGUGACUGGACGCGAACAGGUUGCAUGUUUGCAGUGGGCUGCUCAAUGGGGCCCUUCAUGCACUACUGGUACCAGUGGCUGGACAAGUUAUUUGUCGGCAACGCUUUACCUGCUGUCAGCAAGAAAGUCCUCACCGAUCAGCUGAUUGCAUCACCGACCAUGGGAGCAUGGUAUUUCAUUGGUAUGGGAAAGUUGGAAGGCCACAGUCUGUCUGAGGGGUUAGAGGAAUUCAAAGACAAAUUCUGGGAGUUCUACAAGGCGGACUGGUGUGUUUGGCCCGUGGCACAGAUGAUCAACUUCUACUUCUUGCCUCCUAAGUUCCGUGUCCUCUAUGUCAAUGUCAUCACCCUGGGGUGGGACACCUAUCUCUCCUACCUCAAACACCGAGACAAUGUUGAAGGAAGCACUGGAGAUGUCACUGAACUGAAUGAGCCAGAACUGGAAGUGUCAGCAACCAAACAGUUGGAAGAGAAGCUCUAACAUUGGAUUGGUGUCGUUGGGAGCGUCGCAGGACUUGAAUUCGAUGUCAAUGUCACUGACAAUGGCAACAUUCCUUAUCAUGUGUGCCUUAAAAGCACUACCUAAUUCAAGAGUUUUAUACUAAACUAUGGUAAAAAAAUGUGCGCCCACACAAUGCAUACCACAUGUACUGUACAGUGCAUGCAUUUCCACUAUAGACUAAAGCUUUGUCUGGUUGUUGUUGUAUUGAGUGUCUAUUUGCACUAGGUGUAGACGGCUAAUCUACCAACCUAUUAAUGAGAGUGAGACUUGUUUCAGGUGUGCCAAAGUUAACUUUUCAUACUAUAAUGUAAUCUAUGUUGUUUACCCAGUCAAACUUGUUUAAGUAAUAACUGAUGUGCAGUAAGUUACACAUAUCAUUCUUGUGUAAUAGGCUUAGGCUAAUAUAUGUCUAGUAGGUGACAUGAAUGAAUCCCUUUGUGUUAUUUAAAAAUCCAAUCUUUUAUUUGUAGGAAUAGCCUUUUCAAGCAUCUUAAAAUAUUUAUACAAUCUUAAUAAUCUUUUAUUUAAAUGUUGUAUUUUAAUUUCAACAGAUUCCUUUACUGGUAUGGCUUGAAUGUAUUAAUAUUGAAUAUAAUUUAUAAUAUGCCUGUAGGUUUCUUAGGUUUAUAUUGAAGUUGAAUAAAUGCCUUAUAAUACAGUAUGUCAAUGAAGCAAUACAAUACUGUAGCUGCAACUGGCCAAAGAUAAGGUUCAUUUCCAAACAAAAUGUAUGUUUAUAAUUGCAUUGUAACAACAUAAACUCCAGGACCCAGAUUCACAAAACUCGCUUAAGAAUAUAUUUCUUAACUGCCAUUUUUCCUUAAUUAUAGACUUAUGAAGCAAGUUAAGCAAAGUUGCUAUUCCUCAAAAAGGUUACUGAAAAUGUUCUUGCGUUAUUUAUUAUGUUUCUCCUUAAGCAAAAAGUUAAGAAGAAAUUAGGUUCUUGAAAAUAAAGUUAUUGGAUUUGUUCUUGGAAAUGUUCUUAAUUCCAAGAUAGCUAAACCCUUGUCUUAAACUCAGGGCAGUAAGAGAAUAAGCUAAUGAAAGCAAUUGAACACGUGUAGCCCUUUCCUGCAGUCAUUGGACCAAAUUGGCCUCUAGUGGCCUCAUGUGGAAUGUUAUUAAUAUUUUUCAUAAUUCCAUAAUUAAUACAACUUAAUAAGAAAAAAGAUUUGUAUAUAUUUCAGUCUUCUGUGAUGUACACUACCGUUCAGAAGUUUGGGGUCACUUAGAAAUA